UGAACUUUUUGACAAACGCUGAUUCACCACAAAGUAACAUGGCUUCCAACUCUGGCGGAAGUAAGCUUGGAGAAGGAGAAAGAGAACAAUCCUUGAUUUCAUCACUGGAAUCGCUUUGUAAAGAACAUGAUCGUGAAACUGCUCGAAAAGCGAUAGAAACACUAUUAACACUGGCUAAUAACAUAGUUAGAUCUCCAACAGAUGAAAAAUAUCGAAAGGUUAAAAAACAAAACAAGUCAUUUUCUGUAAGAGUGUGGCAGCUAGCAGAAGCUCAGGAGUUUCUUUUCAGUUGGGGGUGGCAGGAGGAUAAUGACCAUGUUGUUCUUCCAUCAGAUGAGGAUGUUCAACUUGUUAAACAAAUAUUAAUGAAGAAAUUGAACAACAUUCCUUCAAGAUCAAGUUCAGGAGCAGCCUCUAAUUCUGAACCUCUUACAGAGAGAGAAAGACAAUUACAAGAGGAAAGAAGGAAAGUUUUGGAAAAGAAAAAGUUUGAGGAUCAGGAAAAAGCAAGAAUCAAAGCACAGAUCCAGGCUGACAGAAAGAACAUAAAAGACAGGGAAAUGAGAGAGUCAAGAGCAAGAAAACCGGAAAAAUUUGGUGGAAAAAUAACCAAAUUUGGGGACAUUGGUGUGGAUCUAAACAAGGGUGGAGGAUGAGGAUAAGUUUUCUCUUGAUCCAAGUUCCAGGAAUUCAAAUAACUAUUUAAGGCUGCUACUGCUGACCACAGCAUAUGACAACAUCUCUGGAAAAGCUUAAUAAAGCUUCAGAGAUGUUUGAUGAAGCUGGGGAAUACAGAAUUUAAAAUUUAUUUCAAUUAAAUUGUAAUGGAUUGUUUUUACAUAGGACUUCCAUUUUCAUUUGCUCUCUUAGACUAUAGGAAAUGGACUCACUGGUUUGGAAAUGUAAUGUUGAGGGUAAAUGUGAUGUGAGUAAGGCCUGUUAUAGACAACCUGCUUGUUUGCACCUAAUAAUGAAAUGGGAGAUUAAUUACACAAAAACUGGAAUUCUUACUCUUAAGCUCUGUGACAGAAUAAACCAAACUGUUUUUGCUUUGUUUA